UUAACAGAAGUGACAUUUAAACUAUGUCUUAUCUUGGCAGCAUAUCUGAAAAUCUCAGUAAACUCCAUGCACUUGGUUAAAUAAUACACAUAGAUGCACACAUGUAAUAGGAAAUUAAUUUACACGCCUUGUAAAAUAUUUGUAUGGAGUGAUUUAUUAUUGGAAAAUUUGGAAACAGUAUCCCCGAUAUGAAAUCUGAUAAAGCCUUGUAGACAAGGGGGCUGUAUAUGGAGGCCAGAUGACAAGUUGUGUGACUGAACAGCCAGUGAACCAUGAAAUGACCAGGAGAAAAACAUUAGCUCUACAUAGGUACUACACAAGACGUGUAUGUAGCUCAGGUAUUUGUUGUGUGCUAGAUGAUCAGAAGCACAGACGUACACACACAGUGUACAUUACGCAGUGGUGCUUCUUCCACAUUCCUAGCUCUCCUUCCCCCAGUGCACAUCUUCAGAUGGUAUUUACACAUCCCUGUGUCUGCUGAACCUGAUGCUAGAUUGGAUGGGGUCAAAUCUCACAAGCUUAUCCCCAUGCCAAUAGUUGUGUUGGAAACCUUUUAGCCUGGUACCUACAAUCUUUGGCUCUUACUACAGAUAUAUUCGUUAUGAUAAUCAGAGGGAGUAAUUAGCCAGAUAGGUGGCUGCGUGUGUAUCAGUAGGGGCUCCCACACCUGGUGAAGAGGUAGCAUCUUCUGGAUAUCUUAUACAUAAUGUGAAGGUGGGAUUCUGUUGAUGAAGUAACGUACCACAGUUUGAAGGACUUUUGGGAGUGAAUUCUGUGAGAGGAUAUGGAACAGACAGACUUUGAGAGGUCUAAGCAGGAAGUGUUCAAGUACUGCCUCCCAACUACAGCAGCAGAAUGAUGGCCAAGAACUGCGCCGAGUUUCAGGUGGUGUGUUCCCGUGUAACGCUGUAUUAUAACUGUAGGAUCGAGCUGAAAUGGAAGAGAGCUCUUCAUCACUGUGAAAAGUGUGACUUCAGGAGUGAUUCUAAAGGAUGGGGGUCCAAGUGUGGUGCUAUUCAUUUUGGGAGGUGUACUCCCGUUUCUUUCCCGUUUCCUCAGAGCUACAGCAGACGGAAGGGCAGUCAGCAGAGUGGUCAUAUACCUGUGGCAAAGGUCUCACCCACUCGGCCAGCCACCUACGCCCCCCACAGCAACCCACAGCAUAUAAAUUUACCAAAUUCUUCCAAGGACACGAGUAAAAAAGUAACAUUAUCACAAGAUCACAUAGAUUCCACACCGUUAAACGAAACUCUGGUGGAAAGUGAAAAAGAAAACAACAAAAAUGUGAUAUCCUUUCAGACUGGGACUUCUAGUGUUCAGACUUCUGUUAGUGGGGGGAGAGAGACAGAAAAAGCAAAACGGAGAGAAAACAAAGCCCAGAUUAGUAACAAUCUCAAUAAUGUCAAAGUGCCUCAGUUCUAUUAUCCGUAUGGCAAACCUGUGAUAAAUUCUAAUAGAGACGAACAUCUCCAAAAGGCCUUACAAGAAAUCGGCAAACUGGAAGAUGGGAAGGCGUACAAACAACAUAUGAAGAGCAUUACUAAGGCAUGUGACCUUCCAAUGUACUGGAAAGCCCUGUUGUUCCAUGGCAGUGGUGGGGAGAAGCAGGGCUACAUCACCAAAGACAGCUUCACUGCCAUGUGGAAAAGAGUAUUUCUUCCUUGCCAUGAUGAAGCGGCUCGAUUCGUGAAGUUGGCGGCCAAACCCGACUGUAACUACCUAGAGGAGGACGACUUCUUCAUUCUUAUUCAGGACAUUGUUGAUUCUCAUCCAGGAUUGACGUUUCUCCAAGAAGCCCCAGAAUUCCACUCACGAUAUAUCAACACUGUGAUAGCCCGCAUUUUCUACAGUGUCAACAGGUCUUGGUCAGGGAGAGUCACCAUCAGCGAGCUCAGGAAAAGUAGUUUUCUUCAGACGCUGUGUGUGUUGGAACAAGAGGAUGAUAUCAAUCAGAUUAUGGAUUUCUUUUCUUAUGAACAUUUCUAUGUGAUAUACUGCAAGUUCUGGGAGCUGGAUAAAGACCAUGAUCUAUACAUCAGCCGAGAGGACCUAGCCAGGCACAAUGACCACGCUAUAUCUGCCAAAGUGAUAGACAGGAUAUUUUCCGGAUCAGUCAUCAAAGGCAGUAGUCUAAAGGAGGGAAGAAUGAGUUACCCCGAGUUUGUGUGGUUUCUGAUGUCUGAGGAGGACAAGAAACAUCCAACAAGCAUUGAGUACUGGUUUCGGUGUAUGGAUUUGGAUGGAGAUGGUGUCAUAUCCAUGUAUGAAAUGGAAUAUUUCUAUGAUGAACAGAUGCAGAAGAUGGAAUCCUUGGGGAUAGAGAAGUUACCUUUUGAAGAUUGUCUAUGCCAGAUGCUUGAUCUAGUCAGACCGAAAGUUUCGGGUAAAAUUACACUUGCUGAUCUCAAAAACUGCAAGAUGGCCAAUAUCUUCUUUGACACAUUUUUCAACCUGGACAAAUUCUUGGAUCAUGAACAACGAGAUCCUUUUGCCAAUGCACGGGACUUUGACAGUGAUGUGUCCGAGCCCUCUGACUGGGAGAAGUACGCAGCGGAGGAAUACGAAAUCCUGGUGGCAGAAGAAGGAUCCAACGACCAAGAGGAAAUACAAUAUGAGGAUGAUUUUGAGCCCGAUGAUGAAGAUUUGAUUCAGCAGGAGCUGAAGAGGGUUCAGCAGUCCAAUAAUGCCCAGUUCUUAGAUUCUAACAACAAGGAGGAUGAUAUCUAUGACUUUUCAUCAAAUAACCUGGGCUAUUAACACAGGAUAGAUAUAACAAAUACCCAGUAACCUGGGUUAUUAAAACUGGAUACAACAGAUGAGUGUGAGAGGGAUACACGAUUCCCAGAAUGCAGUAUUAAAACAAAAUCCUUUCAAAUUCAUCAGGAGAAUAAAUGUUCAUCCAUUUGGUUAAAAAUAGUGAAGAAUGACCUUAUUUUUUAUUCCAAACAUGUAUACUUCUUCUUAUUUGGAACAAAGAAAUGCUUAUUUUUUUUUUUUUUACAAAAUUAUCAUGUAAAAUAUAAAAUGGUAAAUAUAUUCCUCAGGUAAUGUUAUGAAUUCAUUAUUAGAAUUUUGCAAAGUGUAAAGACAUCUACAUUAAGCUAAAGAUUGGUCAUUCAGUACAUUUGAAUUUUACUUAGCACAGUAGUCUCCAUGGCAACUGUCUCCCUCUUCAUCGACAGCUGUAGGUGUUAUUGUCACUGUGAUAGAUAGAACAAUCAGUUUUGUUUUCCUUACAUUUGAGGAAGACACAUCCUUUCAUUGCUAGAUUUAUACAUGUAUCGAGAUCUUCAGGAGCCAGACAAAGGCACAAACCCUCUUUCCCCAAAAGUUGUUCCUCCUUGCUAUAGUUUACAUCUUCAGCUUCAUAUUUUUAAAGUGGAUUUUUGCAAUUUCUUAUUCUUAUCACUGUCGUUAAUGAUGACAUUCGAUGCUUGAUUGAAAGUGCUCUUUCAUUGAUUAUCAAAACAAAAUUGUGGGCAUCAAAAAAAUCUGUUAUAUGUUUGUUGAAAAAUCUUGCAAACUGUUAAUGUAAUCUUUCAUCUUCAGUAUGCAUUGUAUGGCAAUUUACUCACUGGUUGGACUUGUGAAGUCUUGUUAGAUGCUUUUAUCUUUGAAGAAAUACUAUGCAGCUGUGUUUUUAUGAAUUCAUGUCCAUGUUAAAUGAAAUCAUGUAGGAUUUGAUUCUCUAUGCAUCUCCACAUCAUAUUUAUUAGCAAUAGUUUCAGUCAUGGGCCCUUCUCAUUCCAAAUUGUCUUGAGAAAUGUUAAGUGCCCAAUUAUUUAUUUAUUGACAUCUGUUUCAUUGUGCUGUGACAUACAUGUACAUGUAUAUGUCAAUCUAUUUUGUUUUUAUUGAAACAAAUUAUAAUAAAUAUUACAUAUUGA